AUGGAAGUUUUGGAGGCUGCUCAAAAUCAGCCUCUACCUCCUCCUCAAACUCCGCUUCAUAGGAUUGUGAUUUCUGAAAUCAUCUUUAUGCCAGUUCCAAUGGAUCCAGUCAGUGCUCCGCAUCAUCAGAUGCCUCCUAGUUUCCCCUGGGGUAUGCCUCAUCACAUUGUUCCAAAAGGGUAUCAACCAGAUGUUGAAGUUCCUGUUGCUCAACCGGUUAUGUCUGUACCACCACUCGUGGUCCAUGUUGCGCCCUAUAUGGAAGAGCCUGCUUUCCGUGCUGAUCAAAGUGAAAAUGUUGUUUAUAAUGUGAAGAUUCUGCAUAAGUUCAAAGUUCUAGAUUUCGAGAAAUAUAAGGGAAACUCUUAUAGUUUUACUGGUACUGCUUUAAAGUGGUACAUGGGACUUGAUAGCACCAAGAUCCAUACUUUCAACGAUCUAGGUGAAGCUUUUGUUCGUCAGUACAAGUAUAAUGUUGACACGGCGCCAGACUGCGAUCAACUCCGUGCUAUGUCCCAAAAGGAUAAGGAAACUUUCAAAGAGUACACACAUAAAUGGCGCGAGAUUGCCGCAUAA